AUGGGGAGGGUGCACCCGUGCUGCUCCGAGGAGAAGAAGGUGAGGAAGGGGCUGUGGUCGCCGGAGGAGGAUGAGAGGCUCGCCUCCCACAUCGCCCGCUUCGGCGUCAGCUGCUGGAGCUCCAUCCCCGAACUCGCAGGCUUGCAGAGGUGCGGCAAGAGCUGCCGGCUGCGGUGGAUGAACUACCUGCGGCCGGACCUCAAGCGGGGCCGCUUCUCCCAGCACGAAGAGGACCUCAUCAUUGCUCUCCACAAAGCACUUGGCAACAGCUGGUCCCAAAUCGCGGCGAGGCUGCCGGGGAGGUCGGACAACGAGAUCAAGAACUUCUGGAACGCGCGGCUGCGCAAGAAGCUCCGGCAGAAGGAGCCGUCGUCGGCGUCGUCCACGGCCGGGAGCAAAGAACCCGCUGCGAUACGCAACCGGCCGAACAGCGCCGAAGACGACGACCGAACAAAGCCGGCGCCGUCGGUGUUCACCCCCUACCCCUUCGUCCCGUCUCCUCGGGACCACGUCGCCGCCGCAGCCGCCGCGGGCGCUUCUGGCGCGAGCAGCUGCGACGAUUCCUCCGCUGUCGGCAGCUUCGUCGCUGGCCCAGCCAUGGCUACAUGUCCUGCCGUUCCCGCGGACGCCGCCGCUGACCGGAAUGCCGCGGCCGCCGAUUCGGGGGUGACGCCGACGCCGUCGCUAACGACGAGCACGAGCGCGUGCACUGACGACGCGCGGGGCAGCUGCGACGAUGGCUUCUUGCGGGCGAUGGUCGACGAUCCCAGCUUCCUGUUUGGAGAUUUCUACCUCGAUGGCGACGGCGGUCACCAUGGGCCGAUCAUGAGCUUCUGGGAAGGACAUGCGUUCAGUUGA